AUGCUUCUUUGUGAUGCAAUUGCGGUAUUGCAUAAUAUAGAUAGCAAGUUGAGGCUCUUCGUCUUCACUGCCAGUUUUUUUUAUGAUGAUGAUGAUGAUGAUGAUGAUGAUGAUGAUGAUGAUGAUGAUGAUGAUGAUGAUGAUGAUGAUGAUGAUGCAAUGGCUACUAUUUUAUUUACUAUGUUUGGAGCUCCAUACUGGGACGACGAACGAGCAAGCAAGUUCGCUGAAGAGCAUCGAUUGAUUCUAAUCCGAUUUGAUGACUGUGAUAGGAUUGAUGAUAUAUGA